CGUGAAAUGGAAACAUUGAGGGGAAAAUACAAUUCCAGCCUCUUGCAUACUGUCCAACAUUAUAUAUUUGCUCUCUGUUGCACAGUUCUCGCUCUUUUACCCUUUUGCAGCGUUUUGUGUCAUUUCGCGGCUGUGUGGGCCAUCAUCCUCCGUCUACCUGCUAAGCGUGUGCCUGUCUCGUCGGCGCCGUCUCCGAGACUCUAGCUCCACUCGAUACGACUCGACGGGACGGACCUGAGAGACAAGGCCAUGAGUCUCCCGACGCCAGGCACACCGUCGUCGAGAUAUGAUACCACGCCUAUAAAAGCAUCUGAGAUAAUCAAUUUUAUAAAGACUCUAUCUGAACGCUUUGGUCUUCAACUCCCGAUACCUCGAGAUGGGGAGUCACCAGUCUCAAGGCGCUCUGCCCUUCGAGACUAUGAUGCCAAGAUCGGCGAUGAGAUAGUUUGGCUUAUUACCUUCCUUUCCCGCCGAAAGAAUCAUGCUCUUCAAGGCGCCUUACAAACCUUUACGGCCGAGGCGGAUACUCUCCGGGUUAGCCACGGUUGGGUUUACAAGCCGAAUGGAGAUCGUGAUGUUAUCCCCAUUGUUGGCGAUGCUCCCCUCCGAGACGGCUCCGGCAGAGAUCAAAGACUACAAUUGAGAGGGUGCCUAUUGCUUAGGCUGAAAGAAGCCCGAGAAAGUAAAGAUUUUUGUAGUAGUGAUAAUGUUGAACCCAAGUCUACUCGUGUUAGAGAAGUAUCUCUCCAGACGGAACUAGAUAGCUCUCCAAUUCCUUUGAACUUGGGCCAACGUCCAGUUAAGAGGACAUCCGGUGAAUUUUCUGCCCCAGACAUAGCUGCAGAGUUUAAGAAACCAAGAACACCUGCUUUGUUAGGUUCGCCAGAUUUAACGAAGACUGCUGACUCUGUCGCUACAACCUCUUCCAAACAGGACAGUGCGCUACAGACGGUGGCACCUUCCACAAACUCUACGUCGUCAACGCUUUUCCCUGGGUAUUCUCUCAAUCCUUAUCAUGAACAGACCUCCAGGACAGUCAGCGCGAACACGAGCUUUAGCUCCAUUGCUUCUGGUGUUUUUACUGGGAGGUCCAUUCCAGGCACAGGGACAACCACUCAGGCUUCUUCAUUCAACACGUCCUUUCAGUCAAUCGCGCCACCAAUUCAAAGAAUAAAGGCUAUGUCAGAUGAGCUUCACAGCUCCCAAUACGGGAGCAUGGAUGAUGAUGACUUCAUCGAAAUUAUCAAUGAGGACUUACAAGAAAACUCGGGGGUUGACAUCAGUAUGUCCGACGUUUCCGUAGGUCCUAUCAUCCAGGGAGACUUGUCACAGCGACUACAACAGGUAUUUCCUGAACUACCCCAAUGGUUGACAGAGGCACCUCUGUGCGUGCGCUACGAAAUCACAAGAGUUUUCCUUCACGCUGAAGUUUCCAUGGAUGGCCUUCCAGUUCGCGAUAUCCGCACACUUCUUGACUACAAUGCUCUCUGGCAAUUUCUCAAGGACUUACCGCAACUCCGAGGGAAACCAUUACCAGAGAAAUGCGCGCCUAAGGUCUGGGCAUCCAGUCUGGAAAAGUGGUCUGUUGGCAACUUUGAAGGCGUGGUGAUGUCAGCGUCACUGAAGUUUGCCUCCUCAAAGACAGGCCCCUUCUUCAAGGUCCAGCUCAAACCCCUAGCCACGGCUCUUACCCAUCGCUUCGGAAGAAGAUUUGGCAACGAUCGAUUUCUGGAGAUGACCUUGCCCAACCUUACCAAAUUUCGACCACCUGGCAGCACGGAAGACGAUUUGGAGAUGAGGCGGAAAGAAAUUAGCCAUUGGAUAAGAGGCUAUGGCCACCAGUUCAUGGGUAUUGAGUGGCGCGCAUUUGGCCUGAAGGACGCCAGAUCGAAGAAGAUCAAUAACAUCGAACUGAAGAAGGCCUCUGAUGAUGCGGAGAAUAAUGCGACCCACCAAGUUUUUUUCUUUGCUGUCGAUGGCACAGGAUUUCAGACGGGCCCAACACCACCUGCCACAAACGAUGAUCCCAAGCACCACACAAAGUUUGCCGUAAAAGGGCUGUUACAUUGGCUGAUUCCAUUCCAUCUGGAAAAAAAUCAGAAGCAGCCGUACCUUAAGCUUUUCUCGAGAAUAUCACUUGGUUUGAGCAAAACAUAUGCAACUGUUUCACUGAAAGCCACGGAGAUAUCCUUCGUCCGCUAUGAUUAUUGUUCAGAAAGCGGCGAAGUAAUGAACGAUGGCUGCGGCCAGAUCUCUCGCAAAUUGGCCCACAAUAUCGCUCAGAAGCUCAACUUGGAUUAUACGCCAAGUGCGUUUCAGGCUCGAAUAGGCGGCGCAAAAGGAAUGUGGAUAGUUGAUGUGAAAGAUUUCGGUGACAAGACGAACAUUAAAAUCUAUCCCUCUCAGGUGAAAUGGGAUAAUAGUAGCUUUUUCACCGACCCUUGCCAUAGAAUAUUCGAAGUUCUCCGUUGGUCGAAGCCAGUCCGCUCAGCGACACUGAAUUUGCAGUUUCUUCCGAUUCUUGAAGACAGAGGUAGAAGCAAUGGAAAGGGAAUGCGCGAGGCUUUGUCCCGGAUGUUGGAAAAUGGCCUGACUUAUGAGAUGGGACGACAGCGUGCGGCAAUGGAUAACCCACUGUCUUUCCGCAAAUGGGUCCGCGAGACCGACCCUGGGAUAACUGAUAGAAUCAAACUCGGUCAGGUUGCCUACUGGGCUGGGUUACCGAAAUCGCAGGGAGAAAAGAUAAACUUGCUACUUGACGCUGGAUUCAAUCCGAAGGAACAGUCUUUUGUAAGAGACCUAGCCAGAAAGGCAAACGUUGCGAGGGGCGAGAUUCUAAAAACCAAACUAAACAUCUCGGUUGGGCGGUCAGCGUACUUACCGAUGGUCGUCGACUUCACCGGCACUCUGGGCCCGAGAGAAGUUCAUAUAGGGUUUUCGACGGCUUUCAAAGAUGAAGCAACUGGUUUUUGUGAUACCAUCUUAUCGGAUAUGGAUAUCCUCGUGGCGCGAUCUCCAGCCCACUACACCUCAGAUAUCCAAAAAGUCAGAGCCGUGUUCAAGCCUCAACUGUCUGCCCUCAAGGACGUUAUCGUUUUCUCGACACAAGGGGAUUCUCCGCUCGCUGGGGAGCUCUCUGGUGGGGAUUAUGACGGCGACAUUGCUUGGGUUUGUUGGCAAACAGAGAUCGUGAGCGAAUUUGAGAACGCAAAAAUGCCGGUCUGUAGCGACAUGGUUAAAGAGGGGUACAUCACAAAAAACAGCACGACCUACGCGGAGCUUGCCUGGAAGAAUCCCAAGAACACAAUCGAUGAGUUUCUAGCAAACAGUUUCGACUUUAACCUCAAGCAAAAUAUGCUUGGGAUCUGUACUAAUUUCAAAGAAAAGCUUUGCUAUACAAAAGGGAGUGUUGCAUGUGAGGAGGCAGUCUUUUUGAGCACACUUCUAAGUUCCCUCGUUGAUCAAGCAAAGCAAGGAUAUUCCUUUACCGAGAGCGACUGGGAGAGGGCGAAGGCAGAAAAGAUUCGAGUACUGGUGAGGGAACCAAAUUACAAGCGGCCUGCUUUUGAUGGAAACCCAAGAGGAGAAAUACACUUAAUCGACCAUUUGAAAUUCAGGGUUGCCCAGAAAACUAUAGAUGAUACUUUGGCAGAUCUACACAAUAACCUGCCAAUUCCUCAAUAUUGGGACGACGAUGUUGUUCAACUAGCUAAGUUUGCAAGGAAGGAAGCCCAGACUUCAGAUGAGUGGGCGUCGGUUCUCAGGGGGCUCGACGCGGACAUCGAGCCUAUUCGAAAACUGUGGAUAAAGUACUUUCGUUCCACCAGUGACGACGAGGAAUCGAAAAACAUAUUCUCGACAGCCAUUGACGACGUCUACCCUCAGUGGUGCGAGAUCAAGCCUGCCAUGGAUACGGCCUUCACCAGAUCUUUAACGAUGCCAUAUCUCGCCAACGCCGAGCUAUCUACCUGGGAACUUCUGAAAGCAUCUAUUCUUUUCAGCACCCAACACAGACGCUAUGUGAGCAAGAUGGUCUGGUGGUUGGCCGGAAAGCAGCUGGCUCAUCUGAAGGCUAUGUCCAAGGGCCCUGUAUCAGUUAUACCGGCCAUGUACGCCAUGCUGAAGCCAGAUAAUACCUACGUGAAGUUAGCGCAGGUGGAAGAUGAGCACCAUCCCAGGUUUUGGGAGGUCAAAGACGAAGCGGUGGUUGAUGAAGAUGAAGAGUUGGAUUAUGAAGAUUAGGUGUCUGCCGUGUUGCUUGGCAAGAACGUUGCUGUUGCUGCAUUCGUUGUGGUCUAGACUGAAGAGGGGGUUGAGGGCGGAUAUCGUGGAACGAAUUUUCUUAUUACGACUUUCUUUUGAUGUUUUGGUAUUCGUGUCAAGGUCGAGCGAUGCCAGUCACUUAAACAUAUAUACCCUGUCUUUACUGCGGAGGCAAACUGCUGCUGAAGGAUUUUGUCAAUAUUUCAUUUUCUGUGAUCAGCACGGAUACGUUACGAGAGAUCAGAAUAUGAAACACAUGAUUUGUGCAUCGCAGCUAUUAUUGACAUGCAUGUGUAUUCGCUGUGUGGAUUGUAUUAUAAUUGACCAGUAUCAUGAAGCCGCAUGUAUCCCGUCCACCACGUGAAGGCAGAACGAUUACCCCCAAUAUAUGGAAAGAACGAUUACCAAACACGCCUCAAUCGCAGCUUCCUCGACAUUUUCAAGUUAUACAUAUGGAAGGAACGAUUACCAAGCAAUCCUUAAUCGCAGCUUCCUUGAAGUUUUCAAGUUUAUAGAUAUGGCAAGAACGAUUACCAAGCCAUCCUCAGUCGCCGCUUCCUCGGAAUUCUCAAGAUAUAAAUAUGGAAAGAACGAUUACCAAGC